UAUUAAAAAGUUAGAUAUCAUUCUGUUAACAAUUGCAGAUGUCGGGAAGAAAUGAUGACCGCCGCCCCCUGCGGUCAGGAAGUGACACCGGUAGAAGCUCAAGGGGUGGUAGGGAUGCUCCAUCAGGUAGACCUUCAAGAGGGGCAGGAAAAAGCUACAGUGAGAUGAGGUACCAAGCAGGACGUGGCGGUGGGAGAGGCUCAAGAGGUGGUGACAGGCAAGACAGUUCAAGAGGAGGUGAUAGGUCUGACUCUUCUAGAGGGAGUGAUAGAUCUGAUACUUCAAGGGGUGGUGAUAGGUUAGAUAUUUCACGUGGCAAUGACAAGCAAGAUAAUAGAGAUAAAACAAGUAAACAUGGGAGUGGACACGGAGACAAUAGUGUUGGCAAGUCUCCUGCAUCUAAAAGUGAUUCAGCGAAGGGAGCGUCAACAGCCACACCCAGUACACCAUCAGCAGCUGACCGUGAAGCCAAACUGAAGAGAGAAGAAGAAGAACGUUUGAAACAAGAAAAACUAAAACAGGAAGAAGAGGAGAGAAAGAAAAGAGAGGAAGAAGAAGAAAUAAAGAGAAAAGAAGAAGAAGAAAGACAGAAAGAGGAAGAUAAGAAAAGGAAGGAGGAAGAAGACAAGAAAUGUAUAGAAGACUUUGCAGCUGAAUGUAGAUUUAAGAUUGAAGAGAAAAUGCAGCAAAGAGAGAAAAAUCUAAAUGCUGAAGAAAACCGACCUGAGGAACAUUUCUUCAGUAAACUGGAUUCCAGUCUAAAGAAAAAUACAGCCUUUGUUAAAAAAUUAAAAUUUCUGACAGAGUCACAGAAAGACAGCUUGACCAAAGAGUUUAAUGGUUUAAAUCUUACCAAAUAUGUUGGAGAAGUGGCAGCAUCGAUAACAGAAGCUAAAUUAAAGAUGUCAGAUAUAAAUUGUGCUGUUCAUAUAUGUGGUAUCAUGCAUCAAAGGUACGCUGAGUUUGCUCCAAGUCUUCUAGAAAAUUGGCAAAAAUACUUCCCAACUAAGAAGGAUGAAAAGAUAAGCAAUCCUAGCAAGUACAGAGUGGAUCUUAGAUUUUUUGCUGAGCUUGUAGCAGUGGCGUGUUUUAAGGAUAAGGAGGGGCUUCCAUUAUUAGCCAAUCAGCUGGCUAUACUUACUACUAAUGACAAGGAAGAGCAUAAUAAUCUGUCAAUAUUAACAAGCUUCUGUAAACAUUGUGGUGAUGAUUAUGCUGGUUUACUGCCAAGAAAAUACAGAUGUUUGGCAGAGAGGUUUAACGUGGAAAUCCCAAGGAGCAAGGUAUUACAGAAAGAGAGACAGAAAGGUUGUCGGAACCUGUUGGGAGAUUAUUACAACAGUCUGUGUAAACAUCUUGUAGCCGACCAUAAAAACUUGAAAAAUAUGGAGAAACAAAACAGAAAGACUCUGCUGACAAAGGGAGAAUUGAGUUCAGAAAGAAAAGAAAAAUAUGAGGAGUUCUACAACAGCUACCAAAAAUUAUUUAGCAAUACCCAGGUUUUCACUGACCUAUUAGAUGAAGACAUGCCCGAGUUACCGGAGGAUGAUACACAAGAAGAUGAUGGUGGUCUUGACAUCUUUAAUCCCCUAAAAAAUCUUGAGUUUCAAUAUGAAGGAGACACUAGCUUGUGGGAGGAUGAAGAGACCAGGACAUUAUAUGAAACAUUACCAGAUCUCAAAGCUUCAAUACCAGGGAUAUUGUAUAAAGAGAGUGAGUCAGCUAGUAAAGAUGAAGUGAAGGAAACAGAUUCGGAGACUGGCCUCGAAGAUGACAUGGAGAAUUUGGAGAUUGAGGAUGUAGAACGUGAGAUGGAGACCCAGCAACAGCUUGCUGAGGAACAGAAUAAAGAUGAAGCCAAAACACCAGAUGAUGGUAAAGAGGAAGAGGCAACUAUGGAACAGAUACUCCCUCCCGUUGUUGAAGGUAAUAGCCAUUUUCUUAUAAUGGGUUUUAACAGAGAUCUCAUUGAUAAGGCUGCCAUAGAAUUUUGUAUGAAUUUUAAUACAAAAAACAACAGAAAGAAACUUGUGAGAGCUCUCUUUACUGUACACAGGACCAGGUAUGAUUUGUUGCCAUUCUAUUCCCGCCUUACUGCUACAUUAUUCCCCUGUAUGCCUGAUGUAGCCAAUGAUCUUGUUCAGCUUCUAAAAGGGGACUUCAGAUGGCAUGUUAGAAAGAAAGACCAGAUCAAUAUAGAAUCAAAGUUAAAAACAGUCAGAUUUAUUGGAGAGUUAGUGAAAUUCAAAUUGUUUCCAAAAGCUGAGGCCCUCCAUUGUUUGAAGAUGUUGUUGUUUGACUUCUCUCAUCAUAAUAUAGAGAUGGUAUGUGCCCUGUUAGAGAGUUGUGGACGGUUUUUAUACAGAUCUCAAGAUUCUCAUCAUAGAACAAGAGUAUAUCUGGAUGUGAUGAUGAGGAAGAAAUCAGCUUUAAUGAUGGACAGUCGGUACUCUACGAUGAUAGAGAAUGCCUAUUACUACAGUAAUCCCCCCGACACACCACAAGUUGUUAGAAAAGUACGACCACCAAUGCAUGAAUAUAUCAGGAAACUUUUAUAUAAAGAUCUGUCCAAAGUCACCACAGAAAAG